AUGAUUGACUCUAAAUCACCAAUGCCAUGGAUAGGCGUAUACGCUGCUGUGGCAUCUGGAAUAUGGACACUUUUACUUUUUGCUGAUAAAAUGCACUCUCUGCUCCAUAGAAAAUUAUGGUUCCCCUGCAGAUAUGUUGCUCUUAAUGCUACUUUCUUGGCUCUGAUGGGCAUCGCAGUGAAGUUACCAAUGGAUCUAACUACCCUGAUGCCAGGUACGUAUGAUCAAGCUGCUAAAAGAUGUAGCAUUGCUUUCUUGUGUGCUUCAACUGCUCAUGUCAUUCCUUCUCUAGGAUCCAUGAGUGCUAGAGAAAUUAUUGUGAACUUGACAGCAGUUGGUAUCCUUAAAGUGAGUCACACUGUAGAUGUUAUCUUCCAAGUAUUAUCAGGCGUGAUUGAAGAUUAUUUCCAAGUGGUGGUUGUAGUUAUAGAUGUUUAUACGCUCUUUAUGUUGAUUUCUUCUGCUUUAACAGUAUCUACAAGAAAAAUGCAUUUGGAACAUAAGUAUAACGCAUUGCACGCAAGAAUUUCAGCAGAGGAACUACAACGAGACGAAAUAAUGGUCUUCGACAAGUUAAAGUAUCAUGUGAAGAAGUACUGGGUGAUGGCACAAACAAGUGAUCCUCGGUUAGUGAUGGCACGGUCUGAUGACUUCUGGGUUUUAUCAUUGAUCUAUGCAUUUAUUUUUUCUAUUGAUGGAUUAGAAGUGACUACAAACAAUAAGCCAGAAAUUGCUUCCGACUAUAAAUGGUCAGUGUAUCUAGUUUAUUAUACUCAAAAUGUAGGCAUAGUUCUUUGUGGUAUCAUGUCUUUCGGAAGAAUGGCAUUAGCUACACUUUACAUUAUACCAAAUAUUAAAAAAUGUACCAUCUCAAGUGUUUCCUUAGAAAUAAAGAGUUACAGGAUCAACAGAUUGAUCGAGUGGAAAAAGAGGCUCCUACCAUCACAAGUUCGACACCAGAAGCUUAGAAAAAUUAUUUAUGAAACUAGAAAUCUACUUCUCAACAUUUGUAUAAUAACUCAGAUAGUGAUUGUGAUCAUGAAUAAAUUGCUUUGGGCAUGCCUACUUUAUUUAAUUUACCUCAAAGGAGUCAAGAUUCAAUGUAGUUAUUGGGAACUAAUUGGGAACCUAUUAAGCUCGACACUAUUUGUUUCUGUGCUGCUCCAACCCGUGACCGUUAGAUGGCUCAAUAUGAUAAAGAAUUUUUUCUCCGGGGAAUCCAAGGCCUCAGUCAAUCCCAUUGAAUCAGAACACAGGCUUGGUUACGAGAAAGAUCUUGCAAAUUAUUUUGUACUUCUAGAAAGUGAGGCAGUACAAGAAGUACACCUGAUGUUCAUCAACGCUUCUAUUAAUUCAUUCAUAAUGAUGGGUGCAAAGCGUCAACCAAGAUAUCUAAUGAAGCUUAUGGAGAAAUCCACCAGCUUCGAGGGUGUGCUAAAAUUUGAAAGUGAUCAAGUCUCUCUAAUAAUUUGCGAAGAACCUCUUAAUUGCUGGAGUCUAUCCGUGGCAACGCUAACAAGCAUCAUGAUUGCUCUUCCAAACGUACAAAAUGAGGAGAAGAAUCAGUUAUUAAGAAGUGUGAUUGAAGGUUUUAAGUAUGUGCGCCCAAUGGAGAAAAGUCUGGAUGUUCAUAAAAGAAUUGUGAAUAGCACGAGCGCUGCAGAUUUUGCAUGGGAUUUAGUUGAAAUGAGGCACAAGUGGUUAGACAUGGAUCUCCAAGAAAUUGCCACGAUAUCAAAAUCCUCCAAAGAAACUCUUCAGAAUCUUGCAAAUUGA